GUGUUGGGGGAAAAGAGAGGCGUAUGGCUCAUGCCCCUCCCUCUGGAGCCAGUGAGAUAAAACAGCCAUUUGAUCCCAGUUCAUCACGGGACAUAACGCUCCACAAAUAACGCUCCACACCUGGACCAGUGAACUCACCUGUGAACAGGACAAAACAGAAAAAACUUCAAGAUGUGCUGCUCGUGGUUCCUGAAAACAAUGAUGUUCUUCUUCAAUGGGGUCAUCUUUUUGGCAGGUGCCGCAAUCCUGGGCGUAGGGAUCUGGGUGACAGUAGACAGCAGCUCCCUGCUUGGUGUAUUAUCUAAUAUUGACGGUGCGCCCUCUGAGUUGGCUCAGCUGGCUAACGUGGGCUACCUGCUGAUCGUCGUGGGGUCCAUACUCGCCAUCAUGGGCUUCCUGGGCUGCUGUGGGGCCAUAACUGAGAACAAGUGCAUGCUUCUGAUCUUCUUCAUCAUCGUGCUUAUCAUCUUCAUUGCUGAGGUGGCUGGGGCCAUUGUAGUUCUGGUGUUCAAGCCCUUGGCCAAGGAUAUUUUUGUCAGUCUGAAUGAGAAUUUUGUUAAGGCCAUCAGGAAAGACUAUGGAGACCAAAAAGACUUCACAGCCGUCCUGAAUAACACUAUGAUACAGCUGAAAUGCUGUGGAUUCAACAACUACACCGACUUCGAUGGAUCUCCUUUUGAAUCGUCCACCAAGCUUUACCCAGAGCCUUGCUGCCCUGGCAGCAAUAAGUGUGAUUUGAGCACAGCAGAAAGCAAGAACGUGGAGGGUUGUUUCAACGCACUGGUUGAACUGAUAGAAAAUAACGCUGCUUUGCUAGGAGGCGUGGCCCUUGGCAUCGCUGCUCUAGAGAUUGCUGCGAUGGUUGUGUCCAUGGUCCUGUACAAUAACAUUGGGAAAUAAUUACAAAAGCUAAAGUUCCACCAAGCACUGAUUUAUGUACUUCUUCUUAGUACUACUAACUUCACUGCAGGCUGACUGCUGUCUUACAGCUGCCUAUUGAUACAAAUUCUCACAAGUCAACCCUUAUGAAAAGUUACCAGUGUUUAAGGUCAGAGUUUGAAGGGGUUCAUUAGUACGAAACGCAACUAACCUGCGUUAAUUAUAAUCUGUGUGAAUAUUGCAAGAGAUCGGAUUGCAUAGGCUAACUUCACCCAAGCUUGCUAAUAAGACUACGCAUGAAUAAGCUCUACUUAGAAACAGUUAAUAUGAUCUUUUUUAUUUAAUGUCUGUUGGUGCCUAUUAGCGUUUAUUUAUUUGUAAAUUUGUAAGAUUCAUGUUGGAUGUCAUAUUAAUCAGAGCAUUGUCACCCACACUCACAGUUCCUAACACUCAUAUUGUUGGUUAGACUCUUGUCUAGUCCAGAUUUGAAUAUUUGCUUCCUGUUUACUCAGUCAUAAAAACAAAAUACUAUGUAACAUUGGCCAUGAUGCAUAUGGUAAAUGAAUACUGUCUUGUAAAACCCUUAAUGCCUUAUCUAAAAUUUGAAAUUGUCUUGUUCUGUUGGCUCCAUUUUGCUUCUGUUUUAACUGAAAUGCGUAAAGGUUUCUGCUGAUAGAACAAGACUAGAAACAGACAAUAAUAUCAUAAUAAAAAUAUUAUAUUUCUAGUUGAUAUCAUUUUUUCACUGUAAAGCAAGAUGUCCUCUCUUAUGUAUGUAUAGUUUUAUGUUGUAAUGAAAUGUACUGAAAUGUUUAUUUGUGUAAAUCUAAAUAAAAGACUUAUUCGUGUAGUA